CAGCAACAGCAUACGGACGAGCACGUCAAGUCAGAGUUCUACGACGUCACUUUGGACUUGUCGCACGACGACAUACAGCAGACCCUGUCGGCCAACAUGCCACCCGUGUCGUGUGCCGGCGCCGAUCAACUUUUACGACUCGACGACAACCGCAACAACAAGACGUCCGGUGACACGGGGGACGAUGACGUGUUCGUUAGCCUGGACGCUUUCGACAUGCUCACCGAUCUCCAAGAACUCGACAUGCUGGAAAACGCUGGCCAACAAGGCUCAGCCAUAAUGGUAACGGGCAUGGACGAAAACCUGCAACAUUCACACGGGCAAACCCAAAUGGACGUGGACGUAUUGCAGAUUACCGAUUACUGUCCAGAAUGGGCGUUUCCCGAGGGAGGCGUUAAAGUGCUGAUUACUGGACCGUGGUUUUCUUCUUCUUCGUACACCGUCAUGUUCGACACGAUCGCCGUCCCGAGCACUCUGGUCCAAGGAGGCGUUCUACGCUGCUAUUGCCCGGCGCACGACAUAGGUACGGUUACCUUGCAAGUAGUCAUUGACGGCAGGCCCGUAUCGACCACUGCCAUGUUCGAGUACCGUCAACACGAGAUUCCGCUUACCAUAUCCUCGUUGACAAUGCCACACACGCCGUCACUACUCAAAUUGUAUUUACUGCAAAAGCUCGACACGCUCGAAGAUUACUUACAGACCAACAGCCAGCACUCUGAUCAGCUACUUAUACAGAAAGACAGCGCAGUUAUGUUGAGUAUAUCCAACUUUGAAAACUGGCUGGUCGACUACUGUGACCAAAAGAAACAGUUAACGUGGAAAUCUGAAUCGGAAUGCAACAUCAAACCACUGGAAACCGGGACGACGUUAUUGCACAUUGCCGCAUUUUUGGGAUACUCCAAACUUGUGUGUAAAUUGCUUCAAUGGAAACUAGAAAACGCAUCGUUGUUUUUGGAAUUAGAAGUAAAUGUUUCAAAGCAAGACAGAGAUGGAUACACACCAUUGAUGUGGGCGUGCAAGAAAGGUCAUAAGGACACGGCAGUUCUACUUUGCCAAUGGUAUCAGACGACCCAUAGUGCUGAUAACACAUUUAACUUAGACUUCUGUCAAACAGACAUUUUGGAAUCCGUUCAUCAAUAUUUCAAUGAUUUCGAUCAAAACGAGUAUUACGCCAGCGAAAACUUGACCAAUGAAAAUAUGUUUACAAACCCCAACGAAAUACUUUGUGACGUUAAAAAAGAUAUUAACACUCAACAAUUUGACGGACACAAUUCUCAAGCUGUUCAAAUGGACAAUUCGUUGACCAGAAUAUCUUCUGGAAACGAAAAUAAACCUAGUGACAACAAUAUAUUGAAUCUUCAAAGCGUGCAAUAUGUCAAACGACCGAUCCCAAAUAGUUUUUCAGAGAAUGAUGAAUGUUACAAUCAGUUCUGCAAACCCAUACAGUAUUACCCUUCUGUUAACCAGUUCCAAAAAAGUUUUACACUGCCACUGCAAUCUCCGAAUUCGGACAGCGGGAUUUCACUGGACCGAUCUCCUGUGCUGAACAAGUCUAAUUUUAUUAUUUGCUUGGUGACCUCGCUGUCGGAGAAACCGGCGGCAGCUGUAGCAGCUGUAGCGGCAGAAGACAGUAGUAGUGAUGGCGGUGGUAAUGGUGUUGUUGUUAGCCCCACUGAUGUUGUGAAUCAGAAUCAAUCAAACCAGGACCCUGAUGGCGCAAAAAUCCACAAAGCCACUGACCACGAGGCCCAAAAUCCCACAGGACACGGGGAACAAAAUGUCUGUGUACUCACAUUGGCUGAACAGUUCAUAGCCGCUAUGCCUGAACACAUCAAGAAUGAAAAUGAACACAGACAAUUAUCUGACACUUCAAUAAUAGAAAUAAUUGAUGAUCCACCAUCGACAGCAUCGCCUUGUUGCUUCGAUCCCAACUCGGAUAUCAGUACAGAAUUUAACGACAAACCAUACCGACAUCACCGUGAAAGAGAAAUAGAAACGCCAACGUCGAGCACAAAUAUUAGUUUAAGUCCGAUGUCUAGUGCUUCCCAGUGUUCGCCUAUCUCACCACCUCCUACUGCGGCGGAUUUGAGCGAAUUCCUUCAUGCAUCGGCCAACAACCAAUACGUUGAAAAGAACUUUUCCAAUCUCACACUGUCGGACUACGAGCAACGAGAGUUAUACGAAGCGGCUAAAACCAUCCAAAAAGCGUACAGGACUUAUAAGAAACGGGAAGAAUACAAAGAAGUAUCAGCCGCUUCAGUCAUUCAAAACUAUUAUCGUCGUUAUAAACAGUUUGCAUAUUAUAAACAAAUAACAAAAGCCGUCGUUCUCAUUCAAAACCAGUUCCGGUCGUACAAAAGACAAAAACGAAUAAAAAAAGAAAUAUCACAUUAUACAAAAAGCUCAUGUAGAAGUAUAAAGAGAAAUCAAACGCAGAAACGUCAAAAUCAAGCUGCCAAAAAAAUCCAACACUUUAUAAGACAUAACAAUGAGAGUAUGCCUCCUCCUGUAAAUUUUGCUGAACACACUUAUGGUUACCACGAAAGAGAUGAUAAUACUGAUCAUAGUCUGAAGUAUAAUAUGCCGACCAAAGCCGCUCAAUACUCAUCGGCUAAGUCCACCAUCUGACUUAUUGCUUCGCUCUCCAGUUAAUUCGAACUGUUUUCAUAUAUUUUACAGUCGAUGUAAAUAUUUUUGCAUUUUAACAAUUUUGCAUUCCAACGUUUUAACAGGCUGUUACUAGUAUCGAAAACACCAAUUUAAAAUGUAGUGUUUUUAAGUAACCUCAAAAUC